AAGGCAACUGGCGCCAUCUUGGCUGUUUUAAUGAGUACAACAGGGGAGAAUUCGCUGGGAGAAAUUACAUAACUAUUGAUAUUUCUUUCUAAAGGGGGGUACCGUCGGUGAACUUCUCCCAGUGUGAGUGUGUGAGAAAGGAGAGCCAGGGCAAUGUUUUACGCCCACUUUGUCCUGAGCAAGCGUGGGCCGCUGGCCAAAAUUUGGCUAGCGGCUCACUGGGACAAAAAGCUGACCAAGGCCCAUGUCUUUGAAUGCAACCUGGAGAGCAGUGUGGAGAGCAUCAUUUCGCCCAAGGUGAAGAUGGCGUUACGGACAUCUGGUCACCUUCUACUGGGAGUGGUCAGAAUCUACCACAGGAAGGCCAAAUAUCUGCUGGCUGAUUGUAAUGAGGCAUUCAUCAAGAUCAAGAUGGCCUUCAGGCCAGGUGUGGUAGAUCUGCCAGAGGAGAACAGAGAGGCAGCCUACAAUGCCAUCACCCUACCUGAAGAGUUCCAUGACUUUGACCAGCCACUGCCUGAUCUGGAUGACAUAGACGUGGCCCAACAGUUCACUCUGAACCAGAGCAGAGUAGAAGAGAUCACCAUGAGGGAAGAUGUGGGCAACCUCAGCCUCAUGCAGGACAAUGACUUCGCUGACUUUGGGAUGGAUGACCGUGAAAUGAUGCGUGAUGCUAGUGCAUUUGAAGAGGACAUCAUGCACAGUGCCACAGCUACUAACCUUCUACUAGAGGCUGAGCCCGGCCCAGCUCACCUACCAGACAAGUCUAACCACAUGGAAUAUGAUGACUUUGGAGACAACACGAUGGGCAACAGUGAUGGGGGAAUGCUUGUGGAUAAGCUGCUAAGUAACGAGGAUGGUGGUGGCAUCUUUGAUGACCCUCCAGCCAUCACAGAGAGUGUCAUGAUGCCUCGCGAACCCGGAGAGGAUGAGGAUGACUUUGACAACCUGCAGUCACCGGGUCCGGAUAGCCCAGAUUCAGGCCCAGCAGAGCCUCUGCCAGCUAUGGCUGACCAGACAGAGCAGACUACCCUGGUUCAUAAUGAGGAGGAAGCUUUCGCCUUGGAACCCAUUGAUAUCACUGUGAAAGAGACCAAGGCAAAGCGUAAGAGGAAGCUGAUCGUGGACAGUGUGAAGGAGUUGGACAGUAAGACCAUCCGGGCACAGCUGUCGGACUACUCUGACAUUGUUACCACCCUGGACCUGGCCCCUCCCACCAAGAAGCUAAUGAUGUGGAAGGAGACUGGAGGAGUAGAAAAGCUCUUCUCUCUCCCUGCGCAGCCCCUCUGGAAUGCAAGGCUACUCAAAAUGUUCACACGCUGCCUGACGCCUUUGGUGCCAGAUGAAUUGAGGAAGAGGAGGAAGGGAGGAGAAGCAGACAGUCUGGAUGAGUUCCUCAAAGAGCUGGAGAACCCUGAGGUACCCCGUGAGGAGGUCAUGGGUCAGCACAGAGAUGUUAUUGACCAAACUAUCAUGGAGGAGCCCAGUAUUCUGGGAGCCUCAGCCAUAGAGGGCAGCAGAACAACCCUGGAUGAGACUGCUAUGCCUCCUCCCUCCACCCCUCGUGGUGUCAAACGCAAGGCUGUUGACAAAGAGACUGCUUUGCCUAUGGCUCCCUUGGAGCAGCAGCAGGCACCUGACCACUCAGUGCUGUCCCAGAGGUUAGACAUAUCUCAGGUAGAUCUGCCCCCAGAAGAGAACAGCAUCAACCUUACCCAGCUUGUCCCUGAGCUUGACUUGCUGGGUGAGAAGGGCAAGGACAAAAAGGAUGAGAGCGAUGAAGAGGAGGAAGAAGAGGGUCAGGGAGGAGAUCAAGACCAAGAGGAGAAGAGAUGGAACAAGAGAACCCAGCAGAUGCUCCAUGGUCUCCAGCGUGUCAUGGCCAAGACUGGAGCAGACUCAGUCAGCCUGCUUGACCUGUGCCGAAACAACAACAGAAAGCAGGCGGCUGCCAAGUUCUACAGUUUCCUUGUUCUCAAGAAGCAACAAGCCAUCGAGGUCACCCAGUCUGAGCCCUACAGCGAUAUCAUUGCCACAGCUGGACCAAGAUUCCACCUUGUUUAGAUAGACAUUGGAAGAACAAACACUUGGCUUGUAACUGAAAUACCUUUUUUAUUACAGAACUGUUUUUUCUUAUAUUUUGUGUGCUCUUGUUGGCCUGAGUUUUGUUUAUUUUUUUUGGGAGGGGGGCGGGGAUAGGGGCGGAUGAAUUUUUAAAAAGGAUUUUACUGUACUACUACAAAAGAAUCAAGCAGUAUUCAUCUGGCUUCUUCAAAUGGAGUGAAGAAUAUCUGUCUGGAAUAUUUAUAAAGCAAACUUUUUUAGACUCCCUUUUUUGGCUUCUCGUCAUCACAUAAAUAAAUAUACUGUUUCCUCUGUUCCUUCAGUUAAAUUUCCAAAAUUUGUCCAUCCAUUAUCCAAACUGCUUAUCCCAGCAGUCAUUGGGCGGCAGGCGGGGAGACACCCUGGACAGGCUGCCAGGCCAUCACAGGGCCUAAGUUUCCAAUAUCUGCUCAUUAAAUAAAUUUGCCUAAAUAAUUGUGUACUGAGGGCGGCACGGUAGUGCAGUGGUUAGCACGGUCACCUCACAGCAAGAAGGUCCUGGGUUCGAGCCCCGGGGUAGUCCAACCUUGGGGGUCGUCCUGUGUGGCGUUUGUACGUUCUCCCCUUGUCUGCCUGGGUUUCCUGCAGGUACUCCGGUUUCUUCUGACAGUCCAAAGUGCGUGUGUGCGCGCGUGUGUGCGCGCGUGUGUGUGUGUGUCGGCCCUGUGAUGGCCUGGCGGCCUGUCCAGGGUGUCUCCCCGCCUACCGCCCAAUCACUGUUGGGAUUGGCUCCAGCAUCCCCGCGACCCUGGGCAGGAUAAGUGGUUUGGAGAAUGGAUUGUGUACCGACACGCUGUUCCUUCCUAAAUCAUGGCAAAUCAGCAAUGUAGAAAUCAAAGGUUGAAUCGGUUCAUCUGGAUACGUUUGUACAGCACAAUACAGUUGAAUAAUGACCGAAUUUCAAUGACCACGUGUACUGUAUUGUUUAUAAGGGGUGGGGAUAUCUGCAGUCAGUUAAGACUGAAGAUGUUUCUUAGUUGAGUUGAAAUGUAUCUGUCAAUAAACGUAUCCAGAUGACCUAAUGCAACCUUUGAGUUUCUUACCUGGAUUAUUGAACAUGCGUCAAGACAGAUGCAAAAUCCUUUUCAUUGUCACACUGUUGGCCUACUUGUUGCAGAAAGGUACUGUUUUUACCACAAAAGACUAAGUGUAAGCUCUCCAAACUCCCUCAAUGCACUUGUGGUUGGGUUUUAAUGAUCUAUCACUAAAAUAAGCCAAUUUGUCGAAAAUGUAGAUAAUUAUUAACUUUUAUCAAUAUCAAGCUUCAAGUGUAUAAUUAUGGCAGUUCAUGUUCAUGACCUUUUUGUUUGUACCUCUUAUGUUUAUGCUUAUUUGCCUUUUUGCAUUAUGUACCUAGGUAAUGUACUUGUUACAGUUAAGUUCAGCAGUAUCCCACCUUUCUAGUCUUUGGGUAACUUCCAGUUGUGAUAAAUCUGUAAAGAUUUGAAAUAAAAGUGUUUUAAGAACUUGAUCAUCCAUGCAUUGAUUUAA